CAGGCGCUGAAAUGUCAACGACGACAACGAGGUUGUUUGUACCGGGUUUGGAUUCCUUUUUUUCGCCUAAAUUAGCUGCUUCAGCGUGAUUGUGGGCCACCAGAAUGGACGUUCUAUCGAGACCGGCGGAAGAAUUCACCAACGACGGCACGGUCGAGGAGUUGUGGGCAGUUCAGGCUGUCGAUCACGCGGAGGUACACUUUAACCUUCUGUGCAGCGUGGAUCCCCGGUGGUUACGGUUAACACCCUACGACGAGGAACUGUACGACCAGUUUCGCCGCAUGUUUCCCGACAUGAACGUGCGCGUGAUCGAUGAAAACGAUCUGAAAAGCCCCGAGGGGAAGACGAAAUGGAGAACUUACAUGGCGAAAUUUAGCCGGCUGGACGAUUACAGCGUUGGCACGUUGUUGCGCGCGAACGCCGAGGAAGAGUUCCGACCAGAAAACGCCAUCCUAGUGGUCCGAGCGCAGUUCUGGGCUAUCGAGAUCGCGCGCAACCGUGAAGGUGCCAACGACUGCAUUCGGGACAAGUUUCGUGGAAGUUUGAAGAAUAAGGAGGACGAAUAAAGCGCAUUUUCAUUUUGUAA